AUGAAGUUGUUCUGUGGCAGUCGCACUUUAAUCCUUCUGGUGCUCACCAUUCUGUUGCCGACUUUGAAAGGGAAAGCGGUAGAUACCACACCGGAAAUAUCACAAGAGGAUCUUGGUGGAACAACAGAACCUCCGGAAGAUGUCGCCACUGUGAAGGAUACGUCGGCUAAAACCACCACAACAAUCAAUCCCGCCCUCAACGAAGUGGACACGUCCGAUGAGGAGAUCCCCAUCUUCAACCGCAAUCAGGUAUCGCUGGACCUACCGGGCGAUCUGUUCUCAACCACCGCCAACCUGACGCUGCGUUUGCGCAACUUUAUCGGUGACUUUAUCACGCGUACAUCGGUGCGAAUUGCGCAGGUGGUCCGUUUCUUUCAGCCCCUGUUCGGCUACCAUCUGAUGAUUGACAUCCCGAAGGAGCUGGACGCAUGA